AUGACUAGUAUUGGCGAUAUUAUGACGCGGAGUACUGGUGGUUCUCCUUCUCUGGCUUCGCUCCGGGUGGCAAAUGACGAUUUCUACGAGCUGAUACAGAUUCGGUACAAACAACUUCAUGCAGUUGAAGAGGAACACCGUCCUGCCCUACCUUUAAAGCGCAAUGGCGAAGUUAAUGGAACUGAAAUGCGUCGUCAACUCCAUAAGAUGGGUCAUACUGGUGCCUGCGUGUCGUGCGAAGCUGAAUCUGCCGCCAUAGGUAAGUUCCCCCUACCUCUAACCCCUUUCAAACUAGUCCAAAUCUAA